AUGGCGAAACUGCAUAGGUUUGUGAAACUCAAUGACCGUUUCGACUCCCAAGUGUUCACGUUUGCGUUGCCUGGCAAGGUUACCACGGAUAUAACUUCGGACACGUUUUCCAAGGACAUUAUCUACGGCUACCAUAAAUGGACCGUCUCCUUCAUUAAGAUAGACUUACACUUGGGAUGCUUUCUGAAAUUGUUAUCGACGUGCCUCGGAAUGAAGUGUCAAAUAGAUUUCUCAUUCACUUUGCUCAAUCGCGAACAUUUCACGAGAAACGAAACGUUCAUAGAAAAAUGCUGCGUAUUCACCACGGAAUCGAACCAACACGGCAGAAAGACAUUUGUUGGCCUAAAUGACUUAGUUGAGAGAGAUUUUGCCCAAGUUACUGGCGAUUACCUCAUAGAGCUUGAGAUGCGCAAAGUGAAUUGCGUAUUUGAGAGCUACAUUCGACUUCCCCGUGAGAUACAGUCACGUAACGCCUACGAGACCAAACUGGAGUCGGCGUAUUUCUCUUUCGGCCUGUUCGACUGGAGCAUCUCGCUAAUUCCCAGCGAGGGAAACAUGCAGCGGGACGAGAACAUCACGCUGCAGUUACACAGGCACACCAGCUUCGUCCACAUUUGCAAUGUCAGAUACUACAUCAGUCUUGGCGAGAACGGCGAAUUCCAUUCAGAAGAGCUGGAUCAGAUGGUGGACAUAGCAGGCAAUGGCGAGCUCUACAUCAUUCGAGGGUCACUGCAGAAGCUGGCCAAAGGAAGAUCGUCACUGAAGGUCAAGGUCAUCAUGGUCUCUAUGGUGUCAGCUAGCGAGGUCACUCUUAACGUAGAAAGUAAAAGCAAGAAUCGGGCCCAUUUUUACGACAAGGAUAAACAGGCAUGGCUAGUGGAGGCGGACACGACUGGACCGAAUCUUGCGUUUCGACUUUAUUACACUGACAUCACGCAUGUUCCUCGGAAGAACAGUCGCUUCGUUUGCUGGAACAUGCUUGUGUUAACGAGAUACAUUCCAGAACAUAAGGUUCAGACUAAUUACGGGCCGUUCAGCAGAUAUUACGUACAGCAGGACCUCGAUGAAGGUCACAUGAUCACGACUACAAUUCCAGUAGCCGAUCUGACCGACGCAAGCUGUCUGUACACCGAGCCAGAGGAUCCCCACCUUACGUUGCACAUCGAGUGGGUGGAAUCACACAUGCUGGCCAGACCCACGUACCACGCCCAUGACGACAUCGAUAAGCUUCAGAAACAUCAGAUGAGACGCGAGAUGCUCGCUCUGCAGUCUGAAAACCUGGUCCUGGAAAAGCAGCUUCACAGCUACCAGCAGUCCCUGGCCAAGUCCAUGGAAAAAGACGGCACUCUGAGCCGGCCGGCAAACAUGCCCGUCAUACUGGGCAGCGUCACCACUAGCGAGUCCAGCUUGGAUGAUCGGUCGACAUCGUUGCAACAAAAGAAUAGACCACAAGAAAAAUAUGACAAAGUGACAAGUAAACAGAUAUCUUCUCCUCAGGCUUAUACAAAAGCAAAUAUAAUCAACAAAUCCGUUGACAGGUUUGUUACUCCUGCAACCGAAAAAGACACUUUGCCCACAAAUAAAAACAGAUUGCCAGUGAUUGACAGUGGUAAGGUGGAUAAGUACGAUUUCCCAGCCAGACGACUUGAGUCUUUAGAUACAGCAGGCUCUGGUUUUUCAGAAAGCCAUUUGCAGAUUAUUCCUAAAAAUAGUGAUGACAUUAUGGUAGAAGAUGUAAAAAGGACGACGUACACUGCGAUAGAAAUGUACGGGUCGCCCAUGGAUCGACAGGGUACGUCUGCAAGUAAGUACAAAACGCCGAUACCUCUUAGCCCAGCGCGAUUCGAUGAAAGACCGAGUUCAAACAAGAACAGGCGGAAUUCCGGAACGACCAAGUACGAUUUGGGCGAACACACGAUUGGGAUAAAUAGAGAGAGUUACGUUGAACCUAAAGAUAGAUCUGAGACCAGCAAUACCAAUGAAGAGCGGUACAGAGAACCAGACAGUCCGCGACAGGUGCCGCGGGAGCGAAAGGGAUCCCGUGGCAGCAGCAGACUGUCCGACAUGGGUCGUGAGGAGAGAAAGAAAGAGUCACGAGAUAAGGGAUAUGAUAAAGAAAGUUCAGUUGACAGAAUGGCAUAUAGGUAUAGAUGAAACUGAAUUAGAUAAAAAUGAUCACUGAAAGAUGAAUAUGAAUGCAAUAUAGGUAAACGUCGGUUUCAUAUCCGAUUUGUUUUCAAAAAGAAACACGUCGAUCAAAUUUCAACAGUGUUUCUCUGUUGAAUUCAUUUUUAAGAAUUACAAUAUUUACGAACAAGUAUAUUCAUUUAAAUUAUAUGUAACAUUGAAUGGUACGUUUAAGUCGAAGAUUCUCUUUAUCAUGUUUGUGAAACAUUUCUAUUUCUAUGCAAAUAUGAUUUAAAAUUGCUGUGUAUGAAAUAAUUCAAACUUAUUGCUUUUUCUGGUAAUUCACCGUUCCUACAUAUAA